AAAUUCUCAAUAUUGUCUCAGGGGGAAGCUGUCACACAUGAUAUGUUUCAGUAGCUCUAGUGUUUUAAGUCAAACGCCCAAUUAGACCGUUUCAAAAAAGGUCAAGGUGUGUUUAAUGAACUGGAACUUUUGUUCUGAGUAAUAACAGUGAAAAUGCCAAGUGCUUACAGACUUUGAAAAAGAUGCAUUGGAGUAAAAAGUGAAAUAACUAGCCUCUCCAGUCUUAGUUUUUUUUAACUUAUACAGGUAUGUUGCCAAGCGCACAUCAAACUGCUCUGAAACAUGCUACUGUAUGACUUUAAUGCUUUAUGAUUUUAAAGACAUUUAGUCUAAGGGAACUUACUGUUUACCUAAUACAGAAACAGCCACGAAGCAACCUUUGUGAAGUGUCUUGCGUAAAGGCAUUACGAAAAGUUUAAGGAUUCCUCUCUGCGGGGUUUGAAGUUCAGCCCAAGUCUUUGACCAAUAUACCACACACUGAAACGAUUAUUUAUUAUUUAAACUACGUGAAUAUUUCAAUAAACCAUGAAUGACCAAAAAUAAUACAUGAACACAUGUACACAAUCGCAAGUGGAUGUGAAAAGAAGCAGCUCAACCUUCUCCGAGCCGAUUUCGUUGUCUUCCACAGCGGGGCAGCGUUACAGCGAUCUACAGACAGCAUCCAUAGGCAUUUAAGAUGAACUUAACUUGCUGUCGAAUGUCACAUACCAACUAUCUGAUGUAGACAGAAAGCUAUAAAAGUGCGGACACAUGUCCGCGCGCAGAGCAUGAAGGCGCGCGCUCCAUCGAGGACCAUGGCAUGAUAUGAGACCUUCAUUUUACGCACGUUUACGUAAACUCAAUAACAGCCACACAUGACUUUCCAAUGGAAUCAAAUCCUAUGAUUUAUGGCGAGGAUUACUGAAGUGAAGAUAAAAUGAAAAUAAAUGGCAGCCGGUUGAUGAACAGUUCUUCAUUGAGCCCUUACGAGACCACGCUGGAUCGCCCUCCCUGGGUCGCCACAACUUUGGGCAGCUUUCUGAUCUUCACUAUCGUGGUUGAUAUAUUGGGGAACCUCUUGGUGAUCCUCUCCGUGUGCAGAAACAAGAAACUUAGAAACGCAGGGAACAUAUUUGUGGUGAGCCUGGCAGUAGCUGACCUGGUGGUAGCAGUUUAUCCUUAUCCUCUCGUGCUGGUCUCCAUUUUCCACAAUGGAUGGAACUUGGGAUUUGUCCACUGCCAGAUCAGUGGAUUCCUGAUGGGACUGAGCGUGAUUGGAUCUAUAUUUAACAUAACCGGCAUUGCCAUCAAUCGCUACUGCUAUAUCUGUCACAGCCUCAAGUAUGACAAGCUAUACAGCGAUAAGAACUCUCUUUGUUACGUCCUGCUCAUCUGGAUACUGACCGUGGUCGCUAUAGUGCCAAACUUUUUCGUGGGCUCCCUGCAGUACGACCCCAGGGUCUUCUCGUGUACGUUUGCGCAGUCGGCCAGCUCAGCGUACACCAUCGCUGUGGUGUUCUUCCAUUUCAUUCUUCCAAUCCUGAUUGUGACGUACUGCUACCUGCGGAUCUGGAUCUUGGUGAUCCAGGUGAGGAGACGCGUCAAACCCGAUUUUCGGCCUAAACUCACGCCGCACGACGUAAGGAACUUCAUCACCAUGUUCGUGGUGUUUGUUCUUUUUGCCGUCUGCUGGGGUCCUCUCAAUUUCAUCGGCUUGGCGGUCGCCAUAGACCCCGGGCGGGUUGCGCCCCUCAUCCCGGAGUGGUUUUUUGUAUCGAGUUAUUUUAUGGCCUAUUUCAACAGCUGCCUUAAUGCUAUAGUCUACGGACUGCUGAACCAGAACUUCAGAAGAGAGUACAAAAAAAUUAUCAUCUCACUCUGCACUGCGAAGAUGUUCUUCCCGGAGAGUUCAAAUGAUGCUGUAGACCGGAUCAAAAGCAAGCCAUCCCCUUUAAUGACAAACAACAACCGAGUAAAAGUGGAUUCGGUAUGAAAACACAGGAAGGGCACUGUACACAAAAACCAAAUAAGCAUUUCAGCUGCUUCCAGAAACAACUAUUUAUAACCGAUGUUUAUAACCUGAAUACAGGUGCCUGUAUUUCUCGUACCUGUUGCAUUUUCUAGAGGGUGCAUUACAAAUAUCUUGCUUUGUCUCAGUGUUUACAAGUUCAUAAUGAUAGGCUUUUUUAUUUUCUUUUAUAUACAGCAGGUUAUAAAAUCAAUGCUAUAAACCAAUGUACACACUGUCAUACAUGAAAAACAAGGUGCCAAGAUUAAUAGCCCUUAAAGCUGAUAAGUGCUCAACAAUGUCAUUUUAUGAUUUUUAUCAUAUUGUAUUUUAGGUUUAGUUGUUUUCAAAAUGUUAUUUAUAGGCUGUCUGUAGCACAUGCCAAAUAAUGCAUUUGCAAAAUAAUACUUUAUACUUUGUUUAUUGUACUUAAAUAUAGUUAUUUCUUGGUAACCUUGGUCUUAAAUGGUCAGAUAGCCAGUGCAGGGAAAAUAAUGUGAAAAACAGUAUUUGCCCAAUAUUUGAAAGCAAAUAUCUUUCAGUUCCCAUGACAGAUUUAAGAUUGGUUCACAAUGUAAAUGUUAGGCAAGCUCUUGAAGGGAUAGUUCACCUAAAAAAGAAAAUCACCAUUUACUUACCCUCAUGACAUUUGGUAUGAUUUUUUUCAUUUAAUAUUUUUUGCAGAAAAAGUAUUUUUGUCAUUACAAUGAAAGUCAGUGGGGUCCAAAACAUCACUGGACAUCACUUUUUUUUGUUGAAUGAACUAUUCCUUUAAGGAGUCACUGUAGAAACAUGCAUAUCUUAUGAAAUGUGAACAAAAUGGUAAAUUUUAAAAAUGUUUAGACAUUCAUGUGCCAUAACAGGUUCUUCUUAUCCAUCUGUUACAGCUCUUACUAUUUAUUUCAACAGAUUGCAUUGAUAUACUACUGCAAUGGAGUGCAUUUAAUGACAACCAAUAUAAGUCUAAUCUUAAACAACUUAUCCAUAUUUUGGUAUAUAGAUCAAGUUCAGUAUACUACUAUAAACCAUCUUUAUAAUGUCAAAUCAAUGGCAGAUGUUCAACACAGUACCUUACUUUCUUGUUUACAGCAUAAAAAGCAACAAAAUGGAACAUAUUUGCUUGUCCUUGAACUUUUCAAUGUCAAUAAAGUGUGCUGGAUAAACUGAGAUGAAAACAAGAUGUAGGCUUGCUUAAAAGCUAUAGAAGAGGAGAAAUGGAUAAACUGCUUUCAUUUACUGUUUUAAUGUUGGAUGAGACUUGGGGGUUCAUUAAAAGCAACAUUAAACAGCUUUAGGGAAAUUUCGACGCUACUAACUUUACAUUUUUCAGUAGCGUGACAGUAGCUCGGCUGCUUUAAAAGUCAACAUGUAAUCAAAAUAAACCCUAUUUACAUUUUCAUUGCAUGUUUAUGGGUUUUUGUGAACAAUUCAUUGGUGCAUAUUCCUUUUUUAUGUUAUUUGGCAUUUCUGCAGUUAUUAGAUAGGACAAUGAAGCAAUGGGAGAGAAGGAAACAGGAUCUGGAAAAUUCACAACUCUAACUCAUGUUGCCCACAAUGCAACUUCACAACAGCCCUGAGCACUGCCCACAAGGCUAUACGGUUCCAGUGGUGGAAGAAAAGUCCUGUUUGCUUGCAUUUCUUUUGCAACAACUUUCCUUUUCAGCUGAUGUCAUGCAGGCCACACAGGGUUUUGGAUAAUGCUGACCAAAUAGCUGUUCAGUGUUAUUGGUUGGAUUUAAUGUAAUCUGUUCAGGCUUAAUGUUGUGACUCUAAUCAAGACUGUCAUUGGUUUGCGCUAGAUAGAUAAGUACUGCUGAUUAAAAUAAUAAUAAUUAAACCAUACCGUCUGAUAAUUAUGAACUUAAAUAGAUAUUACCCUCUCAAA